AUGCCCUACUUACUUCUUCCACCCCCUUACCCGCCAUUCAACCCCUCUGGUGCCGGCGGCUGGCGCUGGGGCUGGUUCCUGGUGCUGUCGCUGGCGCUGGGGCUGGUUCCUGGUGCUAGCUGCUGGCUCUGGGGCUGGUUCCUGGUGCUGGUGGCUGGCGCUGGGGCUGGUUCCUGGUGCUGGCGGCUGGCGCUGGGGCUGGUUCCUGGUGCUGGCGGCUGGCGCUGGGGCUGGUUCCUGGUGCUGGCGGCUGGCGCUGGGGCUGGUUCCUGGUGCUGGCGGCUGGCGCUGGGGCUGGUUCCUGGUGAUGGCGGGUGGCGCUGGGGCUGGUUCCUGCUGCUGGCGGCUGGCGCUGGGGCUGGUUCCUGGUGCUGGCGGCUGGCGCUGGGGCUGGUUCCUGGUGCUGGCGGCUGGCGUUGGGGCUGGUUUUCGGUGCUGGCAGCUGGCGCUGGGGCUGGUUCCUGGUGCUGGCGGUUGGCGCUGGGGCUGGUUCCUGGUGCUGGCGGCUGGCGCUGGGGCUGGUUCCUGGUGCUGGCGGCUGGCGCUGGGGCUGGUUCCUGGUGCUGGCGGCUGGCGCUGGGGCUGGUUCCUGGUGAUGGCGGGUGGCGCUGGGGCUGGUUCCUGCUGCUGGCGGCUGGCGCUGGGGCUGGUUCCUGGUGCUGGCGGCUGGCGCUGGGGCUGCGUUCCGCCGCCACUCCCUUCCCCUCCUCUCUCUCCUCCCCACAGCGUUCCACCGCCUCUCCCUUGCCUUCCUCCCUCUCCUCCCCAUGGCGACCGCCGCUGCACACGCAAACAGACGCGACGGGGGAGGUGACGGACAGGGGGCGGGGGGAAUGUGACGAGCAGAGCGACGGCGAGCAAAGGAGCGGCUGGGGCGAUCGCCGGUGCUCUGGCGGUCAUCGCUGGCGUUCCCCCGUCACCCCUAUGGCGCAAACGCGAACGCGGGCCGCUGGCGACUUCGCUGGCGGGUCGCUGGCGGCGGGUCCACUGGCGUUUGCCAUAGCGUCCGCUGCGCCCGUCGCGCUGAGAGCCGCGACGAGGCAGGCGACGACGAUGCGACGGGCAGGCAACAGGGGGCAGCGCGAGCAGCAGAAAAAAAAACGCAAGGUGCGGAUUUCACGCCACUAA